AUGUUCUGUCUUCGGAGCUGGCUUCCUCUCCUCUUCAUCCCGACCAACGCCUCCCCUCUCUUCAUCCUGUCCUUCGUGACGCUGACAUACAUCCUGCACCGGCCGUGCAUCUACUGCUCCGCGCUGCUACUGAUCCUGUUCAUCUCGUCAUGCCACUGGUCGGACCGGUGCUUCUUCGAUUUCCGCGGCGACUGGUUCUCGCCGCGCUUCACCUCGUCGCCGUUCACGUACAUGGUGCCGGUGAAUAAUUCCUCGUCCUCGUCUGUGGCUCUUGAACAGCUCGACAUGAAGAAUGCAAACGAGUCGCUGGCCAAAUACCUCCUCGAAACGGUCAACACCACCACGACGGCCCUCGCCGGAGCGGCGCUCGAGGAGGCCAAGCGGAGACUGUUGAACAACGGCAGCAGCGUCAUCAACGCAACGACGGAAUUCAGACAGGAGGAAUGGACCGGCCUCGGACUCGAAUGGCUGCGAAGUUUGCUGGGACGACGAGAAUGGACGCUACCAUGCAUAGACGUCAAGGCAACUGAUUCAUCUACUCCGUACUCUAGACACAAAAAUAGGCAGGCACGCCAGCAUAGCAUGCAGACUUCAUUCAACAAGGGUACAUAA